AUGAACUCUUUUUCUGCAGAACCAGAUUUUGUCGAUGAUGGUGAUUGUGGAUGCACUAAAGAACCGACUGCACAGUGUGGCUGCUGCACAAAAUUUGAUUUUGAUCACAAGGAGCACACAGGUAGGAGUCAAUAGACCUUAACUCUGUGAAUCGUAAGAGUGACUGGGAUCUAAGUUGUUCGAACCAUAUAACCCUUAAUAAAACAUUAAGGUCACGAGAAUAAAGGAAAUUAUCACCAACUAAAGAAGUUCUUGGUUGUUGAGCGAUUUCUCAAUGUAAAUACCUUAGGAAAUGUUGAGAGAACAGUAUGGAGAAUAUGCAUGUUAAUGUUAGCCAUGUAAAGGUUAAUAAAACAGAAAGAAAGAAUGGGGUAAACGAAAUGUGAGUCUCUUUUAAACCAAUUAAGAUAAGUAUGAAAAUGCCUUAAUACUGAUUUUCGCAGGUCAGUUAUGGGUUCGAGUUCAAAUUUACAUAAAAGUGUUAUCAUCAUCUAUCAUUAAAUUCUCCACCCACCGCUGAUCUGCCACAGAAUAUUUACUGGUGCUUGUCAAGACUUCUGACUGAGAAUUUAGUUUUACGUCUGAAAACUUUCAUCAGCAAUCUUACCGAGGGGAUUGAAAAGUUUAUUAAAAACACCUGGUAGAGUUCACUCCGAGAGAAGAUGACUAGAGGAGAUAUUUCGUUUAGGAUUUCUUACUUGCAGAAAAGUGUAGUCAUUGAUGAAGUGUGUUGUGUUCUUUUUGUAGCCUGUAUGAACAUGACAUUUCAAGUGGAGGAGAAAGUGAGUCAUGAUAAUCGUUAUAGAUUCACUCUGUUUGCGAGACAACCUGUAGAACUAGUGGAGAAAUUAGAAACACUAAAUGUCCAUUUAAAGAGUUGAAAGAAAUUCGCUCGUCCUCUACCAACUUGAUCAACAAACUGUAGACCAGCUCGCUCAACUGAUUUCAAUAUUUAUCCGAAUAUUUAGAGUCUCCGUGCUAAGUCAGGCUCGGCAUAUGUGUUUUUUUCUGGUGAUUGACUGAAUGUUUAUUUCUUAGGCGAUACGAUUUACGGGGACUUUAGAUGACAAGGUUCUGUUCAACGAAACUCUCUCAGGUAAGGUAUACAUUUUCAUGUUCGUCAAUCAAGAGAAUUUGGGUUACUGAACAAAAUAAACCCCUUGCGCUGUGUUUUUGUUAAAUUUUCCUUACCUGUUCGCUUGACAAUACAUUGAUACUAAAAAAGGAUGCAUAUUCAAAAUCAUUCGGUUCUGAUGAUAAAAGGGUCGACAGUUGUAUGGUAACGCCUCCAUAUUCCUCUGCAAAGAGAGCUUAAUAAGAAAGUUCAUAGACGUGUAAGGUUACUAGAGGCAAAAGUCACUUCCUAAUCCCUGGUUAUAUAUAUUUUUCAAAUUUUUUUUUCAGCGAGAAAUCCACCUCCUUUUUGUCAAGGGGUUUGUCCACUGUCGUGCAUCUGCCUUCAGUAUUACAACAUCUCAUACGGUGAUGAGGGAAAGUGGGGAGGAUGCCUGAAGAUAUAUGCUGAUCUCCUUGUACCACUCUUUAAUCUUGACUUUGGCUGCUUCAAUCUGCCAACCCAGGAAGGCCAGGAGCAGUGGAGGGCUUCGGACAAGGAGGGAAACUCGCUGUUACACUUUGCCGGCUCUAAUAAGUCAAAGGAUCAAAUGUUAAACAAGACUCGGCAGUGGCUCCUAAAAAUGCUUGGCAAAGACACAACUAAGUCGCCUCAAAAGAAAAAAAAUCCAUUUGAUUUCCUUUUCAACAAUCGUGUGAUUGAAAAUUCUGAUGAGGACUAGAAUUAAAGACUUACCGAACCAAACAAGUAAAUGUCUGUGUGAUUGACAGAAUGAUAUUGUAAUCGGUAAUGAGAUUCUUGGCAGUUUGCUAUACUUUACCAUUCAUUAUAAAUGCAAGUAAAGUGGAUUAAAGCAAUAAGAAAACUGAAUAAGGAAGGAAGUGAUGAGGCUCUUUUAACAAUAAAAAAGAAAGGCUCCAUAUAUACACGUUAAUUUGUGUUUUCAUGAUGGCGGUGUCACAGCGGCUUAAAGUUAAUAUCUAAAUAAAAGUUGCAACCUUCAAACAGAUCGGAUUACAUUUCAGUCUUCGAGGUAGAUAAGCAAAUAGAAGAUCUGACUGCA